AUGGAUUUUGUGGCACUUGUGAGUGGCGGUAAAGAUAGUAUUUUCAGUAUGAUGGAUGCUAUCUCUCAUGGAUAUCAACUGAAAGCACUGAUACACUUAGCUCCCAAGGGUUCAGAAUCUGGUACAGAAGAACGAGAUAGCUAUAUGUAUCAGAGCGUAGCAAGCGAAGGUGUUGAGCUACUCUCCCGUGCGCUAAAUGUGCCUUUGAUAUAUCGAACAAUUACCGGGAAAUCCGUUUGCCAAAGGAUGAACUAUAUCACCCAAUCGGAAGAUGAAGUGGAAGAUUUGUGCUAUGCAGUUUCAGAGGCCAUAGAUCGUUUUCCAACGAUCAAGUUUAUCUGCAGUGGUGCAAUUUUGUCCGAUUACCAACGAAUUCGCGUGGAGCACGUGGCUUCCAGGCUUGGAAUCGGUACAUUAGCCUUCCUUUGGAGAAGGUCUCAAGUUUCCUUGUUGAAUGAAAUGGUCUGUUCCGGUCUGGAUGCCAUCAUUGUCAAGGUCGCCUCCUCCGGAUUGGAAAUCAAACGUCACCUGGGUCAUCAUAUCUCCGACUUGCAAUCUCAGUUGGUCCAACUAACGGGCCCCCCUUGGUACCUAAACGCAUGCGGUGAGGGGGGUGAGUAUGAGACAUUCACAUUGGACUGUCCAUUGUUCGAACAACGCAUUGUUCAGCGAUCCCCAGCCGAGUUGGUCAUUCACUCCGACGAUGAAUCUUAUCCCGUGGCUUACUUACGGUUAAAUAACCUUGCUCUCGAGGUGAUUCACUUUUGUUGCACCCAUCCCUGCCCAGGCCCAGUGUCGAUUUGCAUUGAAAACCGCAUCAUUUGUUUCGUUUGGGCAGUAAGAGAUUAA